AUGUCGAACUGUCCAAUCUGCCUCGAUACCUACAAGUCUCCGGUUUCUUUACCCUGUGGACAUGUAUUCUGUCAGCAAUGCAUAGUGCUGACUGUGCAGAGCCCAAACGCUGCAUGCAGUACGCAUCGUAGCUGUCCCACCUGUCGAAGACCCUUCCCUAUCGCAUCCCUCGACCCUCAGUUUAUACCAGCGCACCUGCGCCCUUUCAUCCUCCCUGCUGUUCGCCGCCUCUACAUAGAUACGCCAGCACCAUCACCCACAACACCAACUCUCACACCGAUGGGAGAACUUGUUCGUCUUCGAGCUCAAAACGCUGCCCUCCUCUCUAGCUGUGCUGAGUGGCGUCAUCGGGCAGAAACAUACGCCGCCACACGAGUAGGAUUGGCUACAUUCGCCCGAAUCGCACGCAAUUACGCCUACGAGAUGCAUGCGAAGGAGAAGGAGACCAGAGAAAAGUACGAGAGUUUGAAGAGAAAAUACGAACCGGAUGAC